AGAUCGUUCGGGUGCGAACGAUGAGCAUUCAAAGAAACAUGUUUGCAUCCAGAAGCUUUCUGAUUUUCGCGGUGCUCGCAGUCUUCGGCCAGUCGAACUCUGUGAGAGGAGAAGGGUGCGUUUCGGGUACUCUCGACAUCCACAACAAGUACAUUAAAGUCUUAGACAAGAAUGCGAUGGGCAUGAUAGACAGCAACCGGGCCGUCGGUAUAAGGCUGAUCGAGAAAAUCCGCGGAUGCAAGAAAAACAACAAGUUGGACGCCUUUUUGAAGCACUACGAAAAAGAAAUUAAGUUUUGCGAUGAAAUUAUAAAUGGAAUGAAGGAUGGCGUUCAGAGAGAAGUGAAUAGCGUUUCGGAAAUUCUGAAACAUAUGGAGUGCACGAAAAAAAGAACGUUUUUCGAUAAUGUAUUUGGUGGACUUGAGAGUUUGAUAAAGAAGUUGCCGAUAGUUGGCAAUUUUCUGGAUCCAAUCUUGAAAAAGUUACAUGUAGCCGUGAAUAGAAUCUUGCAAGGAGUCUUAGAUUUGUUGACAUCACUACUGAAACUUCUUCUGGGAUCUGUCGAUGGUAAAUUUGUAUGUCGCAAAGCCGAUGAGAAGACUUGCAAGGGCGUCGACAAGCACUUCGAUAACAUCGGCAGUAUCAUCACGAAAACUAAAUUAAAAUACAACGAUUGUCUUAAGAGAAAGGAAAGUGAACUCGAGAGGAGUCAAGAGUUCAAGGCUGUCUGCUCUUAAACCGACCUUUUUCUUUCUUUCUUUCUUUCUUUCUUUCUUUUUAAUUUGAAAUGUAAUAUGUAGCAAAUAUAUUUAGCACU